AUGUCGGCGGAGGAACGCUUUGACUCCAUGCUCUUGGCGAUUGCCCAGCAGCACGAUGGGAUUGACGCCAUCCUUGACACCUUCUUCUCCUUCCUCGGCAGAAAAACGGACUUUUUCACGCAGCCGCCCCUGGCGCGCGCGGCGGUGCAGCGGGCGCUUGACCGCCACCUAGCCCAGGCCGAAGAGCGGCUGCGACAGAAACAGGCGGAAGAGGAGCGACAGAGGCAAAAGGCUGCCGCCGCCUCACGCGUGGAGGUGUUGGAGGACGAGGAGGACGUGGCUGCCAAAGCAGCUGCGAAGGCAGCCGCGGAGGCCGCCAAGCGCAAGUCGGAAAUGGAGAAGGCGGCCAAUGCGGUGGCCAACGCCAAGGAGGACGAGGACGGCAUGAGGCCAAAGGGGCUUCCCCCGAACGUGGGGAACGGGUUCGACUACGAACACUAUAUGUUUUCGCAGACGCUGCAGGAGGUGGAGGUGCGGGUGCCGCUGCCCAUCGCGAAUGCCAGGGGGCGGGACCUCGACAUCGCGCUGCAGCAGCGGCACAUGCGCGUGGGCAUGAAAGGGAAGCCGCCCAUCGUGGACGGCGACCUGUUCGCCGCCGUGAAGGCGGAGGAGUGCAUGUGGACCAUCGAUGAUGGCUGCACGGUGGUCGUCACGCUGACGAAGAUGAACCAGAUGGAGUGGUGGAAGACGGUGAUUGCGGGCGACGCUGAAAUCGACCUGCAGAAGGUGGUGCCGGAGAACUCCAAGCUAGACGACCUCGACAGUGAGACGCGGCAGACGGUGGAGAAGAUGAUGUACGACCAGCGUCAGAAGGCGAUGGGGCUGCCAACCUCUGAGGAGCAACAGAAGCGGGACAUGCUGGCCAAGUUCAUGGCGGCACACCCCGAGAUGGACUUUUCGCAGGCAAAGAUUUGCUGA